AUGCCGCCGCGAAGAGUCGGAGAGGAAUCUCCUCGCUCCUCAGGACCUGGAGCGUCGUCAUCUACGGAUUUGACUGAGAGUCUGCGCCAGCUCACCCAGUUAACCCAGACCAUAGGAGUUGCCGUACUCAAUGGGAAUAACGGUGGCAGUGACGUGUCCAGAAAGAUCACAGGACGCAAUCCACCAUGUUUCUUGGGUCAGGAGGAUCCGGAAGUUCUUGAGGGUUGGAUCCGCACAUUUGACAAGUUGUUUAACGUGGUAGGAUGCCCAGAGGAUCAGCGAGUAGAGGCUGCCAUAUACUAUCUACAGGGAGAGGCUGACCAUUGGUGGGUCAUGGAGGGACUGGUUGUCCAGGCAAGGGAAGGGUUUGACUGGGGAAUGUUCAAGACGGUGAUGCGAGAGAGAUUCUACCCAGAGCAUGUCAAGGCUGCCAAGGCUCGCAAGUUCAUCCGAGGAUUGCACUUUGAUGCUCAGAAAUCCUUCUCCGCGGCGAGAUUUGAUACAUUGAAUGAAGCUUAUGAGGCAGCUACUGGUUACUCCAGGAUUCAACAGUUGCAUCGCGACGCCAUGCAAGGGAUGAAGAAAAAGAAUGAAGGGAUAGAAGCACAGUCGAAUAAGGGACACGGGUUCAAUCCGACGGGCAGGCUUGACCAUAGAGGUGGGGAAAGGAGGAACAUGACUAAGAGACAGGGAGCUGGAUCUGGAGGACCACCGAGAGAGGGGACUUCGGUAUGUCUGAGAUGUGGCAAAGAUCAUCCUAAGACCACUUGUGGAGGAUUGCCUGUAGUUUGCUUUCCGGUGUGGGAAGCCGGGUCAUAG